AUGAAUUUUGAAAACAGAUGGGUCUUGAGAUCCGCUCUGAACUUCGCAAGUGAUGGAGAAGUAGUCAGAGAAGUAGGUGGAGAGUUCCAGAGAACAGGACCAGAAAAAGCAAAAGCAGAUUUGGCAAAAGAGUGUUUAACACGAGUUAAGAAAAAGCGAGAAGAAGAUCGUAAACCGGGGCGUUUAGAGAUAAGAAGAGAACCAAGAGAGACAAGAAUCAGUAAUAUUAAAAGAAUGAUGCAGCAGUCUCAAGAGAAUAGUAUGGUCAACAGUAUCAAAAGCCGAGGAAAAGUCAAGAGCAAGAAGAAGAGUAAGAUUACUAUUGUCACUAGAGAGAAGGAUAUCAUUGUGUGUAGGUAA